AUGUGGUGGUCGGUGUUGCCCUUCCUUUUCCCGUCGGCGCUCGCCGCUCAGCCCGCCGCGCCCGCGCCCAUCCGUGCUCCGCUGCGCGACCUCGACAUCGGGCAACUCAACUUCCUUCAUACGACCGAUACCCAUGGCUGGCUGGCCGGCCAUUUGCAGGAGCCUUCUUUCUCGGCAGACUGGGGCGACUAUGUCUCGUUCGCGGCGCAUAUGCGGGAAAAGAUCGAGGCACAGGGUCGGGAUCUGCUCGUUAUCGAUACCGGUGAUCGCGUCGAAGGAAACGGUCUUUACGACUCAUCCGAACCCAAAGGCGUCUAUCUCCGAGAGAUCCUGCGACACCAGCACGUCGAUGUGAUGACCUCGGGAAACCAUGAACUAUACAAACAGAACACCUCCGAGGCCGAGCUCCUGGUCACCGUUCCCUGUUUCAAGGGCAGCUAUCUCGCCUCGAAUAUCGAUAUCUACCACCCCAAAACCGAGGAGCUGGUCCCGCUGGCCCCGCGGUACAAGAAGUUCACUACCAAACAGCAGGGCAUUCGUAUCGUAGCAUUCGGCUUUCUCUUCGACUUCACCGGAAACUAUAAUAAUACUGUGGUGCAGCGCGUGGAAGAAACUAUCAAAGAAGACUGGUUCCAGGAAGCGAUCCGCGACAAGGAGGUUGAUCUUUUCCUAGUGGCUGGCCAUGUCCCGGCCCGCUCCCCGGAGUAUAAGGCGAUCUUCACGGAGAUCCGCUCGAUCCGCUGGGACACCCCGAUCCAGUUCUUCGGCGGCCACGAACACAUCCGUGAUUAUACCAAGUACGACUCCAAAGCUGUUGCUCUUGCCAGUGGUCGGUUCAUGGAAACCGUCGGAUUUAUGUCGAUCGACGGUCUUUCCACGAGCGAAGGCCCGAGCACGGCGGCUGGUCCCGUCUUUAAGCGGCGAUAUAUUGAUAACAACCUCCACUCCUACUACCAUCAUACAGGUCUCGACGAAGAUUCGUUUCCGACCGAAAAAGGCCGGAACGUGUCCCGACUAAUCGCCGAGUCCCGCAAUGCCCUUCAGCUGGACAAGAUCCACGGCUGCGCCCCUCGUGACCUCUGGAUGUCACGCGUCCCGUAUCCACACAAUGACAGCGUCUAUACUUGGCUAGAGAAGCAAGUGCUGGCCGACUCCUUGGAAGAUGAGUCUCGUGGUGACGGACCUGCUGUGGCCAUUCUGAACACGGGCGCUAUUCGGUUCGAUAUCUUCGAGGGCCCGUUCACACAAGACACCACGUGGAUUAUCUCUCCAUUCACGAACGGAUUUCGCUAUGUGAAAGAUGUUCCUUACGACAAAGUACAACUAAUCAUGGAGGUUCUCAACCAACAAACCAAGGUCAUGCGAAGAUGGAUGGACGAAACGGAUGAUCACCUCGACUCUUUGGGACCCCCGGCCCAGCUUGAGCAUACCGGUGAUGUGAUCGCGGACGCGGAUGAGUCGCACGAUUGGCCUGCAUUUGACAUGGUUGGCACCCAGCAGAUUCCCCUCGCGGCCAAGAAACCAUCUGGUGAAAUUGUACCAGGUUAUACGACCCAGGACGACGCAGGCGACGACGGAGACGAUAGCAUUCACUCUCCCAUCUCCUUCUACCGUGUACCCAACUGCAUCCAGGCAUUGGUGUCUGUAAAUGCAUCGACUGCGCUCGAGACGGUGGACUUGAUCUAUAUUGAUUUUAUCGAGCCGUACUUGACACUAGCUGCCAAGUUCGCUCAGCUUGAUGUUGAUUUCGCCAAGGAGGGCAAGGUGUACUUGCCGGGCAAGACCAUGACGGACGUGAUUUUAGACUGGGUGAAGGCGAACUGGAAAUGCGAGUAG